AUGGCCCAUCCUCUGUACAACCCUUAUACUUCAGGGACACAGAGAUCAGCACAGGGGCAGUAUGGACUCACUAGUGCUAAGGCAGGGAUAGAAACUCAGGGGACGUCCAGGUACUUGGGCCCUGGGUCUAGCCUAGGAUCAUCCAGGGCCUAUUCUGGGGCUUUCAGUAAUUCUGGGGAGCGGCACUGUUCCAUGCUUUCUCAGUCAAUGGCUUACAGGUCUGAGCAGAGUACAUCAAUGUUGCACACAGAAAUGGAACACACCAUACACGGUGAUAUCAGCAGAGCUAUAGAGGAGGUUGGACAUCUUACCCAGUCAAAGCAGCAGAAAGAGCUGCAGACCACACACCAGGACUCUCACCUAACUUCCAGAGAUGAGAUGUACGUCUUUGCCACAGGGAUAAAACCCUAUCCUGUGUCUUCAUCCUCUGCCUCCAAAAAGUAUUUGGAUGGACGCUCAGAUGAGCAAAUUACUAGUGGCUCCUCGGACUGGUUGGAGAGCCACCAGACACCAUCCAGUGUUGCCACCUCAAAUUUCUAUUCAUCCUCAUCCUCCUCUUCAAUGCAAAACAUGCCCCGAUCCUACUCCUCCCAACCUUCCAGCUUUGUAAGUGGUAGUAAUGACAGCAGUAGUGCUUCCAGUGCAAGAGAACAUGGUAUGAGUUCUAUUCCCGGGUUAGGGGAUUAUUCAAAAUCCAGACAGCCCUACUCAUCAACCACCACCAACUCUAGCCAACCCAAAUAUACCUCUAAAUCUGCUACAGACAUCCUUCAGCGCUUUGGCCUCUCCAAGGAAGACAUGGAGUUUUUCUGUGCUUAUCCUGAGGAUCAGAUUACCCCGGCCAAUUUACCGUUCCUGCUACGUGACAUCCGCAUCCAAAAGACCAAGAGAGCAGCAGCAGCCCACAAGACAGUCCUUGGUCUCUCUGGCACUACUGCUAGCGUCCAGCCACCAAUGAUUUUCCCCAGGCCUCCCAUGGUUCCACCUCCAUUCUUUCCAGGACAGAUGCCCCCUUUCACACUGCAGCCUACCCUGUUGCCCCCAGAAAAGAUGAUGAUUACCAACAAGUUUCCAACACAGACCAUGAUUAAUGACUAUACAGCGGCCACACCAAGGAUCUUUCCCCAUAACUGUUCUUUGUGUAACAAAGAAUGUGCUCACAUGAAGGAUUGGGUCACCCAUCAGAACACCAGCCUCCACAUCGUGAGCUGCAGACUCCUCCGAAAAAAGUACCCAGGCUGGGAUGGUACGGAGGCACAUUUGCCAAGUGCUGUUUCAUCUUCAGCAGGUAGAGACACCCAAUCCUCCACUUCUUCCUCCCAGAAUUUCAAGCAACGUUACCAGGACAGCAGCCACAGAAGCCAUUCCCGUUCUCGGUCCCGUUCUCGGUCCUGUUCUCGGUCUCGCUCUCGGUCCCGCUCUCCAAGUCCUCGCCGCUACCGUGGCAGCUUCUCAUCAUCAAGCAGGACAUCAAGGGACUCCCGAAGGACCCGUUCACGAUCACCCCGCAGCUCCAGACACAGGCGCAGUCGCCGUCGCUCCCGAUCGAGGAGCCAUGAGAGACGCUCAUCAUCAGAGAGAUCGUCAAGCUACAAACAUAAGGAGACCAGCGCAGAGAGACUUGCCAAGAAACGGCUGGAGACAUCAGCUGUCCAUUCCAAAUCUGACAAGUCAGAACUGGAAGCCAUGGUUCAGUCACUGGCCCCCACCUUACUAGCUAAGAUAGCCAAGUUGAAGUCUUCCUCUUUGUCUCCUUCCACUAUAGGAGGAAGAUGCUCCUCCACUCCCCAUAUAGGAGGAAAUCAUGCUUCUACUGCCUCCUCCAAAGAAGGCAGGGAAGGAAAGAGUUCCUCCUCUAUCUCCUCAAGAGAAGAAAAGAGCACCGCCGCUCAAUCCACUGAAGAAGAAAAGAGCUCCUUCUCUGUCUACUCCAAAGAAGGAAAGAGACCUGCCCCUCUGGCCUCCUCAUCAUCCACACCCUGUUUAUCAGCAGAGGAGAACUUCACUGAAGAGCAAAAGAUGCUUUCAAAGAACCUUUUACCUGUACCCAUUGGCAAUAAAAAUGUGACCUUGCCCAGGAUCAAGGGUGGAUCUGGAUCUACCAUCGCCAAGGCGAAAGUUUUGCUUUCAAAAGCAAAGACUUUUGCCAACAAGAAUAAAAAUAAAACACAGGCAAAGAAUCUUGUCAAGAUGCCUGUAAAGAUGCCUGCUAAAUCACCUACAAAGACCUCGAUAAAAGGGACUCUGAAGAAGACCAAGGCUAAAGGAGGGACUACCAAGAUGAAGUUCUUAGUCAGGGUCCCACAAAUUCAACUAGACUAUUCUGCUCCUAUUGCCAAAAAAUCAAAGAAUCCCAUACCAGAUGAAUCAGAAACCCAGGUUCAGGAUUCCCUGGUGCCAGUGAUGACUGGUAGUCAAUCAGGAGGGGAGGCCGUGUACGAGACAAUUGCUGACACACCUACCACACAGGAACCUCAAGUCAAACAUGAUAACAAUGUCAACAUGGACACAAUUCUCAGCGAAGCAUUUGCAGUAUUGGACAGUGCUGAAAAGCAAAUGCUACUUAAAGAAAUGGACCACAAGAAAGCUGAACUUAGAAGGAUGGAUCUUGACAAGAUUGAAGUUAGGGCCCCAGAUGUUAAGGAAUUGGAAAUUGACGAGACAAAGAACAUUGAAAGCGCUCUCAAGGGUGAGGAGUCAAAUUCAGAAAGUAUGGAAAUUACACCUGCGACUCUUGCCAUGAAGUCCAGUGACAAUCCACUUCUAACAAGCAUAGAUGAGUCCAAAUCCACUGCACCGGAGUGUCCCAUACCUCCCCCCAAGGCUGUAGAAUCUACACCCACAGGUUUGGACAUUAGUCACCAGAGCAGUCAGACGUCCGCCAAAAGUUUGCUAAGCACCUCACAAGAGGUAUCCACUGUAGCAGGGUCAGAAACAACCGUGUCGUCAGAAGUUGUCACAAACAAGAAGGCCUCCAAAAAGGUGUGCCAAGACUUGACAGAGUUUGCCAAGUCUGCAUCUGCUGAAACCAAACAAACUGCAGUACAACCUGGAACCACCCAGCAACCAGACACCACCACAGCAGCUUCUCACACAUUCAAACGUUACUUUAGCAAAAAGGGUACAAAGUUGCUGAUGAUUACACAGCUGCCCAAGUGGCCCAAACAGACCUACACAGAGGAGGACCUUAUCAAUCUGCUCAACAAGCAUGGUUACACACACAAGGACUACCUCUACAUCUUGCCACAAAAGCGAAUUCCUUUGGUUGAAGCACAACUGAAGGAGCGGAUGGUUCUUGUGGACAAUGUGGACAAUGCUGAGGACCUUGUGACACAAAUGGCUGAGUUUGUAGGCAUCAGCAGCUACCUGCCUCUAAUGAAUAAGGUCUUUAUCAAGUUUAAGACUGUGGAGGAUGUCGAUCAACUUGGUUAUUUGGUAUGCUGCUCUAGCUACUUUUCCCGCUGCCACUUCAAAAGACUAACAAUACCAUACAGCAGCCCUUCAGCAUCUGGCUCCCAGGGUGCACCUGGUAACGAGGAUGCUGUCACAAAUACAAAUGUGAUCGAGCCAGUUCUGCAAGGGGCCAUCCCACCAUUCUGGAUGCCAAUGAAAAAUUCCCCAUUCUGCUUCCCCACCGCCACUCCUCAGUUCAGCAUCCCAGGUGCCAAGCCAAUGCCGUUUUGCCCUUUCGCCAUUACUUCACAGUUUUGUUGGUUGAAAUGUGAAGAAUUUGUCACAGCCCACGUUAAGAAGCCAUUUUCCGUCAAGGGCUGUGAGCUCACCUUACACAUUGUUGUUGAGGCUGGUAUGUGGGUUAAUACUGAUGAGGAACACUUGUACAGUGACAUGUUGAAAUGGCACAAAAUGGAUGUGAUUAAGCCAUGGACACUCUCAGAAAAGUUGCUCAUCGUGUCACUGAAAUGGAGUAGUGUGGACAUUGUUGCUACGCUCAUGGAGUUUGUAUCUAAUGUCACACCCCUCUUCUACUGCCUGCCAUUGGCCAACAGGGUAUGCUUUGAGUUGCCCAGUCGUGAUGCUGUGCAGCAAACAGUGAUGGCAUACCAAUGCCAGCCAAAUGUCAGAGGCCAGUGCCUCACCACAAAACAGUGUACCUUUUUCAAACUGAAACAAAGGCCUGGAUUUAUGGAUGCGGUCAUAGAUUUUGAAGCUGUAAGAAAUUAUAGGAGACGUUUGCAACGACUAAAAAGUAAGGGUCCAUUCCUGCCGGAGUCUCACCCCUUAAUGGUUGAGAUGACUGCCCAGCCCUCAGCCUUCAUGAAACAAAUUCAGCCUGAUCCAACCCUCCGAUUGGUCAAAGAGGGGUCAAAAGACUCAACACCUGCAUCUGGGUCAGCCAUAGGUUUGAAGUCUCCCUCUGUCAAUGUCAGCAAAGGAAACGCUGUCGUUGCCACUUCCAGCACUGAACCAGCACAGCCUGAGCAGAGGGCAGAAGAGCAGAUUCCUGUGAGUAAGGAGAUGUUUAAGGUUUUGGCAGAGACAGUCCGCCAGCUCAGAUUGGCCAAACAGAGCCAGACCCACAGCCAGAGCCCUGGAGCGAGGGACCAACAAGGGAAGCACUCAGCCAUAAAGAAGGGCGGUGACUCCUCUGAACAGAGCAAAUGCAACCAUGCCCCAUCUGUAGAGAACAAGUAUCCUGGCCAGACCUCCUCAGCAAGAGUCGGAUCUUCCAGAUCCUCUCCUGGUUCCCACAGUAGCAGGAAGGAUACCAGCCCUGCUCCUGCCAAGAGAUCUAGGAUGGAGGAGAACAAGAAGAGAGAGUCCUCAAAACAGAAGAGUACAGACAGAAGCUCCAGUUCUUCAUCCAGCAGCAAACAGAGUGUAAAGGAGUCUGCCAAGGCCUCAAACACCUCCACUUCAAAAAGCAGCUCAGUUUCACACCCCUUGUCUCCAUCAUUCAGUCAGCUGGAAAAGUCCAAGAGCUUCUCUGUAACCACCCAAUCCACUGCCAUUCCCUCAUCCUCCUCCACUUUAUCCACCAGUAAGUCCUCCAACUCUUCUUCCCUAUCUACUGAAAUCCCAUCCUCUCCUACUCAUAAAAAACUACUGAAGAAGACAACCAUUGAUACCUGUGAAUCUCCUACCAAUGUAUCAUCGAUCUUGCAGUCAACAGUGAUAUUUUGUGAGACGAGCUCUUCCAUCAUCACUACUGAAAUGUCAAAUAUAUGUCAGCCAGUUGCAGGUGACACAGGCAAAGUAAAUCAACCCGCUGAGGAUGUGUAUGAAAUGACAGACAAAAAUUAUGAUAAACCUGCUGUUGAAGACCCCGUGUGUGGAGAUGAAACAUGUAAAGAUUAUGUCAAAAUGUUGGACUUCGUUAGUAUGCAUUCUCCAAAGGACAAGGAAGGCAGAAGAACAAGAAAGAUUAAAAGGGAAAAUGAAAGCAUAAUAGCCUCAGCAGUAUCCUCAGAAGAUGCCAACAAAGCCACCAAAGAUAAUAAAGAAAACCAAGAUGACCAGAUCCUAAAGGACGUUCAGACUCUUAAAGUUAAGGAUGGUAAACACCUAGCUGCCAGCCAAGAUGGCGCCAUAGCAGAGCAAGAAACUUUCCAGAUAUUGGAUUCAGUUGAUGGUGAAACCUCAACUAAGGAUGAUGGUGAGAAUCUCUGCCCAGUUCAUACCCAAGUCACUGAAGAACCUACUGGUCAGUUAUUUGAAAAAGAUGAUAGGCAGAUGGCAGAAGACAAAGAGGAUAAAGUCAUGUAUCAAAUAAUUGAUGAUGUGGAAGAUCAGCCAACUUCAGAUCAAUCAAGCCAAGAUGAGAAGGAAAGCAGAACUAAGAAAGGGAAAAGGACUGUGACAUCAGUAAACAAGCAGACCAAAAGGAGCAGCUCUAUUGCUGUGACAUUCAAAAACGAAGAAGAAAAACCGUUUAAGACUGAAAAAAGACCAGCAGGGAAGAACAACAGUGCCAGAGGAGCAGCUGGGAAAGGGGAAAAUCUCGAAGAGUUGAUGGAGGAUGCUGAUUAUCAGAUUGUGGAUCCUGUAGAGGAAGAAGAGUAUGUUGAUAAUGAGCCACCUGCCACAGGAAUGUCUACCAGAAGACAGACGGACAGAACAACAAAGAAGGAUACAAAAAAUGAAAAGACAAAACCAUCCAACAAGGAGGGGACACCAUCAAGGAAGAGCCAUACUCCUGUCAGAGAUCCAGAGGAAGAAAACGGUGGAAAAUCACUUAAGAGAGGCAAGACAACUAAAGUACACAACACACCAAAGAAGAGUUUAACCACUUCAGAAGUAACUGAAAACCUGGGUGAGCAGGGAGAUGCCUAUCAGAUACUAGAUUCUGUGGGUGAUGAGCCAAACAGUGGAGAUAUUGCCACUUUAGAACCAUCUGAGGGAAGAGAAGAGGACAGUGCUAGUAUGGUAGAGGACAAAUCGACUAAACUGGACAAACAAACAACGAUUGAGACUCUUUCUGGCGUGUCUGGAAAAGAGGUUGGUGAGGAAGAGGAAGAGGUCACCUAUGAAAUACUGGAUUCUGUGGCAGAUGAACCAUUAAAAGCUGGACCAAUGUUCACAAGAGGGUCUGAAGGAAGAAAGGACAGAAAGAGAAGGCUCAAAAUGCCUACAAAAAGCGACAUGCUCCCUGAAGCAUCUGAAAAAGAGGUAAGCAAAGAAGAGGAAGAACCCAUGUAUCAGAUAUUAGAUGCUGUGGAGGAGGAGAUGGUACAUACUGACCCAACCUCAAUAGAGGGUCCCAGCCGAGGACGGAGGAAAGGAACACAAAAGAGGGAGGCCAAAACAGAGGUCAAACUGACCAGGAAGACCCGCAGCAAUGCCGCACUACUCGAAAAUAACACAGAAGUUAAAACUAACAAAGAAGAGAAGACCAUGGACACGGGAGAUGCCGAAGUGACAAUAGCAAGCGCCCCGGUGAAUCUGGAUGCGGUGACUGAUGAAGGGAAAGAUUAUCUGGAUGACACAGUUGAGGAGGAGGAGCUGAGGAAGAGGCAAGCUGCCAUACAAGAUAAACAGCAGUCCAAGGAGAGAGAGAGGGAGACGAGCAGAGGAGGGGAGGGAAGAUGGAACAGGGGGAAGGCAAGAAAUAUGGAGGAGAAGGAGGUGUUGGUGACUUUGGAUGACGUGGGGGCAGACGAGCCUGGAGAUGGGGAUGAUGAGGAAGGAGUGGAGAGGAGCAGAAGACAGGACGCAGGAAUUAGUGAGGGGGAGCUGCAGGCGCUGGUUACACUGGAUGAGAUUGUGGGAGAAGAGGAAAAGGUGGAGCCAAGCCCCCCGGAGGCCUACCUACCCAACCAGGAGAACGAGUCGGGAGGCACCAUUAACCCUGAGACUCUGCUGACGUCAGACAAGACAGUUGGAGAGGAAGAAGAGGAAAUAGAGGAAGAGCAGACAACCUCAAAAGCCGCUAAACGCAGGUUAAGGAAGGAUGAGAAAGAAGAGAAGAUUAACUUUGUGAUGGUAGACAAGGUCAGAGAGGAGGAGGAGGUGGUAACAGCCAGGACGAGAGGCAGGCCCAAGAAGAGAGCCAGAAUGGCCCCUGUGAGAAAAUCCACUAGAGUAAAGCAAGGGAGCGGAAAAGGGGUGCAGGAAGAUGAGAAUAUACCUUCUGAAACUGCCUCUUCCACUAAAGACUUUGCCCCUCCCACUACCCAGAAUACCUCCUCCUCAUUGGACGAUGGCGUGCCUACAGAUAUUAGUAAACAAUGGUGGGAGUCUGCAGGACUGCAGGUGAAGCGAUCUCACUCUCAAUCUCCCACUGUCCCUGCUGACGUUAAACUGCCCCCCUUCAAACCCAACAACCCUGUCGGUCUGGAGUUUGUGGUUCCUAAGACGGGGUUUUUCUGUCACCUUUGUUCAACCUUUUAUGAUGAUGAGAGCACAGCAAAAGACCUCCACUGCAGCAGCCAAGAACACUACCAAAACAUGGAGAAAUAUUACCAGAGGCUUCAGCAACAAUUAUGAAGAAGCUCGAUGGGAAGUUCCUCUCAAGGCUCCACCGCCGACUGACGGCUUAUGUCGUUGAGUCUCAUUUAGAUUAUUUUUAUUCAUUAGAAAAUAUGAAAAACACCACAAGACUUGGCACGAAGGUUACUAUCGUUAACUAAAACUAACGAAACAACAAAAACUAGGUGUUGAAAAAACUUUUUUUUCAACUAAAAACUUAAAAAGGGGCUUUACAAAAACGGAUAACUUAAACUGUAUUGUGUUCACAAAACUGAAUAAAC